AUUGUUCCUUGUAUUAAAGAGAACAGGGUAGCAUCAAAAUGUUAUCCAAAUUAUUAGUGUUAGUAUUUGCUGCAGGUGUUGCCACUGCUGAAAUCGCUAGAAUUCCACUGAAAAAGUUUGAAAAGCCGAGGGAUUCACUUAACAGAAAUGGACUAAAGGAAGCAUUAUUAGCCAAAUAUAGCGGAAAUGUCAAUGACGAUAGCGCUGUCGUUUUAACUAACUAUUUAGAUGCUCAAUAUUAUGGAGAAAUUGGUAUUGGAACUCCUGCUCAGAGCUUUAAUGUAAUUUUCGACACUGGUUCAUCGAAUCUCUGGGUACCCUCCAGCAAAUGUGGAUUUUUGGAAGUUGCUUGUUUACUUCAUAACAAAUACGAUUCCGAUAAAUCUUCUACCUAUGUAAAAAACGACACCCAAUUCGCAAUUAGAUAUGGUUCUGGAGAUGUUGCAGGGGUUGUUUCCCAAGAUGUUGUUGAGGUUGGGGGUUUACAAGCUAAGGAUCAACUAUUUGCUGAAGCUACCCAGGAACCCGGUUUAGCUUUCCUUGUGGGAAAAUUCGAUGGUAUUUUAGGAAUGGGGUACCCUGAAAUUUCCGUUAAUGGAAUUACUCCAGUAUUUAAUACACUGGUUGAACAAGGUGCUAUUAAAGAACCGGUUUUCUCCUUUUAUUUGAACAGAGACCCUGAUGGAAACGUCGGUGGUGAAUUGUUGCUUGGUGGAUCAGACCCAAACUAUUACAAAGGGGACUUUACUUAUGUAGAUGUUUCAGCUAAGGGCUAUUGGCAAAUUGUUAUGGACAGUCUCAAUGUUGGAUCUUCCUUAAAACUCUGUUCAAAUGCAUGUCAAGUUAUCGUAGAUACCGGUACCAGUUUGAUCGCGGGACCUAGCGCCGAAGUCGAAAAGUUACAUCAAGAAAUAGGAGCUUUUUCAUUUCUUAACGGUGAAUAUAUAAUUGAUUGUAAUAAAGUUGAUCAACUACCCGAAAUUAGUUUUGUUUUUGGAGAAAAAGAAUUCAAACUUGCUGGAAACGAUUACGUUUUAAAGCAAUCUAAUGGUCUUAUUGAUAUCUGUAUUUCUGGAUUCAUGGGAUUAGACCUCGACACUAGAACUCAUGUGGAAUGGAUCCUAGGAGAUGUUUUCAUUGGAAAAUUCUACACAGAAUUUGAUUUUGGUAAUAAUCGUGUAGGAUUAGCUGAAGCAGUUUAAAUAUACCUAAUAAAAAGUCAUAUCGAAUGCU